AUGGACGACGGGAGGAACGCCGCUGGGGGGGAUUGGAGCAUCACUGAGACGCACUCCACCGCCUGCAGUAGACUUUCAGCCCAUAUGCAGCUGGACUGCUGCCUCUCUCACAGUGUCCUCACACACCAGGGCAAAAACCUGAUAGUGCACAGCAACGCAGACCCUGCACAGGCUCCGCUGGUGCUGACGGGUCAUCAUGGUGUUGUGAGUGCGGUGUCCUUUGGCAAGAGGAGAGAUCCCCUUCUGCUCUGCUCUGCCUCUGAAGACUACCUCAUCACCUGGGAUGUGGAGAGAUGCUACCAGAGAGCAACACACGGAGCGUUGCCAUCGGGGACGGUUAUUGGGACCCUCCUUGGCCAAGUGGUGCACGUCUCCUUCUGCCCUCUGGACCAGAGACUGGCAGCCUGCUCAGGCUCAAAGAUUUACAUCUUGAACCCCAAGAAGGAGGAGUCCCCCGUGGUGUUGAGGGGUCACCUGGCUCCCGUCACCGCCGCAGUCUUCCUCACCUGGGACCCUGACGUCCUCGUGUCAACGUCUGAGGACCGCACCUUUAAGGUGUGGGGUGUGGUGAAGGAGAAUGUGCUGUACCAGUCUGCUGUGCUCUCAGGUAGUCCUCUGCUGAGUGUUUAUGUGGAGGAAGUUGGCAAACAGCUGAUCACGGGCUCCUCUGACGGACAGAUUUGGCAUCACACCGUCCUGGAUGACUACAAAUGCCGCCUGGUGACCAAACUGGAUUUGCACAACGCAGCUGAGAAGCACAAGAAGAGAACACAGCACAGCCAAUCACCACACACCACCGCAAUAUCAGCGAAUCCUACGGGGGACGGAGGAGUAGUGGAAACAGCAAAGCCGAUAUUAGGAGUCUUCAAAUGCAGAACAUCGUCCUGUUCGGAUCACGCAGGAGAAAGCUGUGUGUGGGUGGGCAGUUCUGAUGGCCUCUACCUCCUCAAUCUGGACUCCUCAGAACUUCUCCUGACCCUCAUCUUUAGAGACUAUCCUGACCUCACUUUCACCUUGGCAGGAUCUUUGGCCAUCUUCCACACGGACUGCAGGAUGUUCUGUGUGGUGAGUGGUCUGUUCGAGCCCCGCAUGGCGCUGUGGCACAUCAGACCUCCAGGGGGCGCUGAGCAGCUGGACCAGCUGUCUUCCCAGCUGGAUCACCUGUCCCUGGACCCUGGGCACGAGCUGUCUAUGGUGGCCAGUGCUCCACCGUGUUCCACCUCCCCUCUGAAUGUGGAGCUGACCAGAAGGGACCCCAAACCCCCCAGGAAAGCAGGUGUUGGUAAGGCCGGUGUUGGUGUUGUGAGGGACCAUCCUCUGGUGUUCCACCCCCAGGUCAAGUCUUCCGGCUACGCGGCCAGCUCUCAGAGAAAAAUGUUUGUGCCCAAAACCAACGUGCAGAAGAAACCUCACAAGCCUGCCAAGACAACCAAGAAGAUUGACGGCCUCCGCAGCGAGUACCCAGCAUGCAGUGGGCCCCCCACCACUCUACAGACACUCCUGAGCACCUCGCCAGCACACACACCAGUCUACUGUUUACAACACUCAGGAGAUGGGGGUCGGCUCCUGUGUGGUCUUGGGGACUCCUCAGUGUUGUUGUACAAGAGCUCCCUCAUGUCUGGAAGCCCCUCAGUCUACACAGGCCACAACAAGGCAGUGAGGUGUGUGUGUUGGAGCCACAGCUCUGGCUGGUGCCUCAGUGUCUCCGAUGACCACAGUCUACACAUAUGGAACCCCGCAAGCAAGGAACCUACCCUCACUAUGGAUAGUGAUGUCUUCGGUCCGGUGCGUGCUGCUCAGUUCUACUACCUGGACAAGUUCCUGCUGCUGGCUUCAGGCUCCUCCCUCCAGCUCCUCCUCUGUCACCUGGACAACAGUCGCCAUGACGUCAAAAGGUAUGAACAGAAGAGUUUCUCUCGGCUCGUCAAACGUUUCAGCACCAAAUCAGGAAGUGACAUCACCGCCAUGUCCGCCAUCAACGACUUCUACUCCUACAUUGUCCUGGCGUGCGUCGCUGAUCGUUCCAUCCAGGUGUUGGACCUCAACGCGGGCCGGGUUGCCAUGGAGAUCCCAGAGGGCCACAGUCGACCGGCACACCAUGUGACCCAGAACAAGGGUUCCAUGUACUGCAGCCAGACGCCGGACUCCUACAACCUGUUCAUAACGAGCGCCAUCACGGACGCAGUCAAGCUCUGGGACCUGCGCACCGCCAGGUGUGUGCGCAGGUAUGAGAGCCAUGUGAAUCGCUGUCACCCGUGUAGCGCCGCUUUCUCUGCGUGUGGACGCUUCAUCGCCACGGGAUCCGAGGACAACAGCGCCUAUGUGUAUGACAUAAGAAGCAGCAGCUACCUGCACAAGCUCCCAAGACACACAGACACCGUCCUCACUGUAGCCUUCAACCCAGCCACACCAGAGCUCUUGACAGGCUCCCUGGAUGGCAAGCUGGGGCUGUUCCGACCAGAAGAGGAGGCCUCUCUACCAACAUGAUGACCACACACACACGCACAC